CAGACUAUAUCAUUGCGAGUUUGUAGUGUGUCAUUUUAGCGUGUCGUAUGCCGUCGUCGUUUCUACGUCGGCAUGUACGCGGCUUACUACGGGGUAAGUUUAGCCCAUCACCAAGCCUUGAAGACGCGCCCGAAGUUGAGUAUGACCCACCAACACCUUCCAACGAACAAGAAGCGUUUUUCUCACAAUGCCAUCUAGCGGGUAUCGAUGGAAGGCGGUUAGACUUCCCAGAAGUGUACUGCGGUAAGACGGGCCUCGAUAUACCGUGUAUACAACUGGAGUGUUUUGAAACUGAUGUUUUCGCCAGUUACACAGGUCCCGACGGAGGUCUGACGCAGGUAGGAGAAAUGCGACGGCAACCACUGGUCCGUAUGGCAAAUCUCGAUGAUGAGAUGAGCUUAUCACUUACGAGUGAAACAGACGGAUCUGAUGAAGAGGAAGAAGACGUGGAUCAGCCAUUGUCAGCGCCUUUGAAAAAAGAUCGAGAGAAAAAUAGAAGUGAGGUACUACUUGGCUCAUGUUCGUCACUGCUUGGCCCUAAUGGUCAUGAAGAUACCCCGAGUAGCCGAGGAGCAGAACGCUAUGACUGGAAUCAAUUUGAUGAGAGACGAGCUUUUGGCGCAUCUGUUUCCCUCUACGAAAAGAAUCCUCUCACUGGAGUGAACGCCGGUGAACCAGUUGCAGACGUAUGGGGAGUGGUUGGCAGGAGCAACAACGGGGUGCUAGCGUUGGCUGACGGAGUGAAUUGGGGUGAAGGAGCUCGUUUAGCUGCACGAUGUGCCGUUCGUGGUGCCAUUGACCAUAUGAAUGAACACAUCGAAGAUGGCAAUUUGGCCAAUACAACGGAAGUUUUUCACGAGCUUCUUGCUUCAUUUCAUUCUGCCCAUUCGCUAAUAUUGCAAGAGGGCGGUAUGCUUACAACCCUCUGUGUCGCCGUAGUUGCACCUGCGAUUCACUGCGACAGCUGGGUACUGUGCGUGUGCAAUGUUGGCGAUUCGCUUUGUUUCGUUUAUAAUCGAAAUUAUGGUGUACGAGAAGUAACCAUGGGUAGCCAUGAUAUCGACCAGAUGCGGGAUAUGCGAGAUGCGGGUGGGGCACUAGGCCCUGUUGAUGGCCGAAAUCCACAACUACAUAAUCUCACUUGUAGUAUGACUUUUGUUGAAGAAGGAGAUAUUGUAUUCAUCACAUCUGAUGGGGUGUCUGACAACUUUGACCCGGUUGUUGGAAAGUUUUGCGUCAUUAAGCGGGCUGAAACGGAUAACAAAGAAAAUUCGCAAUUACCUCCUAGGGACAAUAGAAAACUGUCAGUAGCUACCAAGGAUUCACCAUCUCGAGAAUUUGCUCGACCCAGGCCCUGCGCUGCAUCCUUGCCGUGUGUGGAUGCUGCCAGUCGUCAUGAGCUGAUGUUAAUCAGAAUGAGAGACAUCAUAGCGAAUGGGAUAGAUCCUCCCAGAGAAGUAAUGCGUCUCUCACCACGACGAGAGCCAUUAUUUCCACUUGUAAGUGCUUCGGUUCUAUCCCAUCGCCUUAUCCAAUUUGCCACUCAUUUAAGCCAAGCGAAACGGCGAACCCUCGAAAAUCCAGAACUCUAUAAGAAGGAGAAGAUGACAAAAUCAGAACAGCGAGCAAGGAGGAAAGCUGUACGAGAAAAAAUUGCAGAUAUGCCUGGAAAAUUGGAUCAUGCCAGUGUGGUGGCAUACACAGUUGGAAGACGUGAUGGCAAAACAGGCUUGAACUCGCCUAUGGUCAACAGAAUGAACGGUCAUGCUCAAAGUGAAGCCAACUGUUUACCUGAGGAAGAUAAAGAUGAUGACGCAAUCCUUACUCGCACAACAAAUGUAGCAAUGGAAAAUUUCACAAGAAUGGAUAAGGCUUCGUGCUGUGCAACUUUGACUAUGCGCAGCGGCGACCGAGCCAGAGCAACUUUGAACGUACGCAUGCCAUCACCACAGAAUUCACCAGUCCUGCCACCAUCCACCAGAAGAUCUCGGCAUGUGACUGACUAUCCACUCAGGGAUAUCGUUGAACCGCGAACACCAGAGCGACAGGAACGGCCUAUCAGUCCUUACGAACAGUUGCCUAUAAAAAUGCAGACCUCAAGAGACCCGAUGGAUUCUACUAACAACAAUAAUAAUCGUCGCAAGAAACAUAGCAGAGGUUCAUCUGCACGACAUACGCUUGGUGUUGACGUGCAGUGGUUAAAAAGAUUUGUCGGUAAAAAAGAUGAACCGGAAUCUACACCGCCACCAAUCACGCCGUCUAAUGAAGAGAGUUGCAAGAGUUCAAUGACAGCAAUGAUGGCCGGUGAACGAGUCUCACUACGUCAACGUCUUCGUGUACUACUGGGAUCAAAUCGGAAUCUUCACACACAUCAUGUGGAUCCACAAAUUGCGCAUGGUGCUGCUGAUAAACCAUCUCGACCACAAUGUCUGGCACUGAAGAGCAGCUGCAGGGUUUAGAGCAUGUCCUCAUCUUCCAUGAAUUUAUAGAACUGUUUUUUUGUAGUGAUAUACACUAGUAGAUGACCGUGUAUCGUUGAGAUACGUUCAGAGCUGCUUGCGUGCCGGCGCCGUGUCGGAACCGCACAGUGUGAUCGAUCGAUCUCGCUGACGUGGUACCGGCACGGCGCUGGAACGGUACUGGCAUCGGCUACUAUGGAUACAAGCUUAGAAAAGAAUAUAAUCGCAAACUUAUGUGACUAUUCCUAUGUCUUCUUCUCUGUACCUUAUUUUAUUCAUUUAUUCGUAUUCUUAGGACGCUUAUAUUGAUUUUAUCGAUUUCUCGAAAAGGUUUACCUUAUAACUCUUGUUGCUGACAUCUAAUCCACUCCUCUAUACGUGUCUUUCCAUCCUUAGAGACGAAAUUGCGUUCGCUUGCUCCUUGUCGUCACACAUGAUUUCUUCUCUAAUAACCUUGCUAAUCAAUAAAUCAAUAUACGUAAAUAUCUGCCAUGCACUCUUCUCUUUUGUGUAAUCUCUGCCGAAUUUUUUUUGCUGCUAUGGUUUUAUAUAGUAUGAUGAGCUUAGCUACCGUUGAAUCUUAUUCUAUUAGUAUUGAUGAUCUUCUUUCAAUGUUACAUUGUAUUAAUUAGGCUAAAAGUAUUGCCUGUACAUAACGCCCCAC